AUGUUCUCCGACAUCUACAAGAUCCGGGAGAUCGCGGACAGACGGGCUGUGGCUGGAAGUGGAGGGAAGAUGGACCGCAGGACAGGUCACAUCGAAGACUCGCUCAUCGGUGGCAAUGCCUCGGCUGAAGGCCCCCGGGCGCUGGAUCAGGAAGCACCGUGGUCACCGAGGAACAUAAGAGCGCUGCAUCUGCCCAUCAGAAACUCAACUAUGAAGUCCCUCUCAACAAGCACCUUCAGUCCAGUCGCCUUCUCCCUGGGGCUUCUCCUGAUGAUGGCUUCUGCAUUCCCUACUCCGAGACCCCUGGAAGGAGAUUCUAAAGGUGAUGCCAUCUCAGACACACCACGCACCUCUUCAAAAGAAAUUCUGGACGUCCUGAUGUCCACUCUCUCCCAAGUCGAGGAACUGAGAAAGGAGAUAUGUGAUAAAAAAGACAAAUGUGAAAACAGCAGGAGAGCACUGGCAGAAAACAAUCUGAACCUUCCAAAGAUGAGAGAAGAAGACAGAUGCUUCCAAGAUGGAUUCAACAAGGAGACUUGCCUGAGGAGAAUCAUCACUGGCCUUUCACAGUUCCACAGCUACAUGAAAUUCGUGGGGAACACUUUGGAAGAAGAGAACAGAAAGCUCUCAGGUGUGCUGAAGAGCAUCAAAGCACUGAUCCAGCUCCUGAAGGAAAACCAUCCAAAUGAAAUAGCCACCCCUGACCCAACCACAAGUGCCACUGAGCUGCCCACGUGGCAGGUAAACAUCAAGUGGCUGAAGAAUACAACGAUUAACCUCAGCCUUCAAAGCUUGGAGAAGUUCAUUCAGUUCAUCGUGAGGGCUGUUUGGCUAAUGUAG